CGUGCCGACCGUUCGCUGAAAACAAGAUAUAGAAAUUGAAAAACGCAAACGCAGAAAAACACGCUGGAUUAAAGUGUUUCGUUUAACAAACUUCGACAGAGUGAGAAAAUUUAAAGUGAAGUGAGCAACGCAUCGCAGCACAAAGCCAAAUAACUCGCAGAGAAACCAAAAUCAAAUUUAAAAAAAAACAAGCAAAACCAAUAUUUAAGAACCUCGCAGCAAGUAAUCCGGUACGACCGUGUAAUAACCGCCAAGAUUCUACUCAAGGAGCGUAAAGCGAUCAUCUCGAGAAUGAAGUCCCUGACGGCCGUUUGUCAGACAGGUGCCUCCGGAAUGCCGGCCUUGAAUGCCAGCGGGCGCAUCUCGCGCCACCCCACGCAUCGCGGCGAUGGGGAGAAUGCCGAGAUGAAGAUGUAUCUAUCGAAGCUCAAGGAUCUCGUCCCGUUCAUGCCCAAGAAUCGGAAGCUCACAAAGCUGGAAAUCAUACAGCAUGUCAUCGAUUACAUAUGCGAUCUGCAGAGCGAGCUGGAAACGCAUCCCGAGAUGGGUAACUUUGAUGCGGCGGCCGCUUUGACGGCGGUAAAUGGACUGCAUGAGGACGAGGAUAGCGACAUGGAGGAUGCGGAUGUGGAGGCGGCGGAAGCGGAAACGGACAUCGUCGUCGAUCCGGAUGUUCUUCUCGCCCAGCGUCUGGCCGUCGAACAGCCGGCGAAAAUCUCUAGUCCCGCCGCCCGUCUCCCGCUCACCGAUCGCCAAACGCCCAACACUCUCCUCGUGGCGCCAGCUCAUCAGCAGCACCAGCAGCAACUCCAGUUGCAGCAGCAACAGCAACUGCAGCAGCAACAGCCACAACUGCAAUCACAGCAGCAACUGUCCAACAGUUUAGCAACGCCACUGAAUGCGGAGAAAGACAGCAGGCAGUCGUAAGCGUGGAAACGCCCAGCCGGGAAAACCUAUAAAACCUAUAAACUUAUUAACUAAAUGCAUAAUUAAAGUACAGUCAAAACUCCACUCGCAACCUUCGUGUGAAGAUCUCCGCAUAAUAUAACGUGUGUGUAACUCUCAAGAAAAACUACAGCCCAGGCGAAUCUCUUCAACUCUCAUUUUCCCGGCGAUUGGAAAAAUCGGGGAGAAAGAGAGCUCGCUUUUUGGCUCGACAGAGUUUAGUUUAAACAAUUAAUAAACACAACAACACAAAAACCUAGCAUUAGAGCAUCGUAAGAAAGUAAAAAUUAUGAUUAAUUAUUAAACAUUACAACUAGGAUGGCGCUUAAGAAUGAAUGGAAGAAGAAAACUUGGCAAAGCUUUAAACAAUUUAAUUUUUUCUUUAACGCUUGAAAUUACACUAAAGCACAUAUAUAUUUUUGUUUUCCUAAUUUUAGUUUUGUUUUGGUUUAAACAACGCAAGAAAAAAAAUGUUACUAAUGCAAAGCAAACAGAGAUCAGCAAUAAAAAUAAAACAAAAUGCACAGGCAACAAAACUGUAAGCACGUUUAAUUAUAUGAUUUCUUUCACAAUGAUUUUCCUAUUAAUUUUAAUCAAUGAAGAAUUUUUCCUAUUAUUGAUUAGCCACAGCCAAUAAAUAACAAGAACAACCAACUCAGCAGCACACACAUUCAAAUUCAUUAAUUUAUAUUGAGUACGAUUUAGUGUUUAAGUUUUGUGAAAGUUAAUUUCCAGGCACUAAUUUUCACUGACACCCAAAACACACACACAAACUCACCUCAUUUUGUAGUUUUUCCGAGACCCUUGGAUCGUUUUCCUCUUUUUUUAAUCGAAUUAACGUUAACGUAUAAUCCAUAAUAGUAAUUACCAGAUAUACACUAAAACCUAUAAAUAUAUAUUAAUAUAUGUUCUGUGAUCUGUAGCAUACUUUGUACAAAGUGUUUUUUAGCAUAAUUAUGCUAUUUUUUAAUUAUGAUUUGAUCCGCAAUCGAAAUUACAUAUGUUUGUUCUCAUUUCGAUGGUUAAAACUCUAUCAUGAUGUGAAAGAAAAAGAAAACAUUUGAUGAUGAUGCGAAAAAAUAUAUAUCUAAAAAGAAAGAAAAAACCAACAUUAGCUCUUAAUAAAUUGCAAAAAAUUAAAAAUAUUAAAAA